CUGCUGGAGACAUCGUGUCACAUCUUUGAUUAAUUUCAUCUGAAAAUAAACAACCACAGAUCGCUCCAUCCAUUCCAUGGCUGAAGCAUACAUUUUCAUUUAAUCUGAACAGUUUUAUGUACACUAGCGCUGAGAGGCAACUUGAUCCACAAAUAUGGCAAAUCCCAUACGACUCCUCAUUUUGUUGAGUGACAAUAGCUCUGAGAGGAUGGAUCUAUCAAGGGUGCCAGACACAGUUGAAGAGCUCAUUGAACAAGUUAAAGAGUCAUGCAAAGUUGCUGGAGGUAUCAGGCUGCAAUAUAAAGAUGUAGACUUUGGUGGAACAUUUGUGAACUUGAACUCAACCUCCAUGAUCAAGGAUCUUACCACCAUCAAGGUCAUACCGUCUGCUACUGAAACAUUAAUUUUAGAAUUUGUAGAAAGUGACCUAGAUACAAGCUCCAUCUCAACACACACUGAUGACACAGUCAUACUAAGCAGCAGCUCCUCUGAGAAACUCCGCACAGAGCCCUGGCCAAAGGAGUUCAGCAUCCCACAAUUCUCUUUUGAAACAGAAGGUCAACUUGAGAAAGGGAAUGUGGAAUACACAAAGGACCAAACCAGGCUCACACCUACAUCGAAAAUGUUGUCCGACAUUCUGGAAAGACUGGCAGAGAAGAUUUUCUCCUACAAGGCGUACCCCAGUGAUGCAGACCUGAGUGACGUUGCGGAGGCUCUGACAAGGAAACAUCCCUGCUUGAGGCAACCAGACUCCUUCAAUGAGAGCUACGGAUGGAAACUCAGACUAAAGACUAAGAUGAGCAAUUACCGCACUCAGCUUAAGUCACAUGGACUUGCAUCUGAGCUCUUAGUAAAUACCCUCAAAUCAAAGUCACGAGAAGAUCCUGUUCCCAAGCCAGCCAAGAACAACAAAAAGGCAAGAAGAGGUGAGGCCAAUUACUAUCCUCAGACCAGCAGUGAGAAUCCAGAAAGCCUAGAACUAGAGCGAAUAUCUCUCCUGACCGAAUUAAAGAAGAGAAACAAUGAGAAAACUGUACGAGAAAAGAUGGCCAGGACCUUCGAAUUCAGGAGGAAAGAGGUUGUGGAUAAGAAGCCUGACAUCAAGAACCUCUUGGAAAGAUGGCCAGGUCUAUUUCAGAUGGAAGAGAUUAAUGCAGAGUUUCUGCGGUUACUGCAGUUCCCUUGCUAACCAGAUUCAUGGCCCAGCUGGACAAGCACUCCCCACAGCUACUUAAAAUAAUCAGAAAGAAAGGAGGGACAACCAAAGCAAAAACUGCCAUAAUCCUAGAGUUUCCUUGAUCAGGAUGCUGAUGCUGACAUUAGGAGGGAGUGUAUACUUAAAUCUCUCAUUAUCUACCUUGGAGAACGUGUUGAGGACUUGAUAAAAGAAUACAUGAUAUCCCAGAAAGAUGAAGCUGAGGAAGAGCUGCAGAGUACCACAAUGGCACUCUUCGUCUUCAGGGACAACUCAAGCCUCCUACAUCAGCCUCGAGACAUCGGGAUAAUCAUUGAUGGUGUGGAAGUCCUGAAUGAGUUGCCUUCUGUGGCAGCUGGAGUGGCAAUGGUCUUUGGACUCUGUUAUGCUCUUAAUAUGGAAUAUCCACGAGGAUUCAGGUUCACCUUUGAGGCUCUUCAAAAGAUUAUGAUGGAGCUUGACUUUAACAAGAUGAC